AUGACGCGCUACGGCUCCGCCUCCGCAUCCGGCGAGCGCAAGCGUCGUCUGAUUCGUUCCCUGGACUACCAGUGCGUGAGCCGCUUUCGUCUCCGUCGGCUCCUCAUCUUCCUCUGGCGUUACAGCUACGACGAAGCGUUCGAAGCGCUGUCCAAGGAGACAACUGUGUACUUCCGCGUGGACCAUCUCCAGCAUAUGGUGCGGCGGGGCUUGUGGUCCGACGCCAUCAGAUACUUGCUCCGCUUCGUCCCGGCUGUCGAUCUGAGCGACGGUGGCAACUUCCUUGCCAUCUUCAUCAACUUGCUCCGCAGCAUCGCUAGAUACAAACCGACUGACCCCUCCACCUUCCCUCUAUACAAUCCGUAUGCCCGCCACGAGCUCGAUUGUCAAGGUCGCGUCAGGCCCGGCAGUGUCGAGGUCGCUGAUAUCAUCCUGUCUGUGUGCUCCAAGGAAGCCUGGGGUUCCAUUAACUGGGCACUCGUGAGGCUGAAGGCAGCGGAGAUCAUUGGGAAUUUGUUUACUCAGUUGCCAGAGUUUGAUGAGAUGCGCCGACUGCCACCCUGCCCUGCCAUUGCCAAGCCAGCAAACGUGCUUCCUGUCAGGGCGAGUUCAAGGGGUCACAGCAGAUUUCACAAGAAGUUAGGCCGGAUUCCAGCAGAUGUUCUUGCCCGGUAUUUUGUUCCCAAGGAGACAAGCCAACCAGGUUUACCACUUGAGCCAUUUACAAUGAUCCGGAUGGCAGAGCUUAUAGAUGAAUGUUUGCAAGCUGGAAAAUGCCUGGUGAUCAAUGACAGACAUCCCGUUGAGAGUUCUUCCACUGAAGGCGCGAAGGAUCCAAUGGUAACUGAGGCUGCUGUUCCAAGAAACAAUCUGAUAAGGCCACGAGCAACUGAGCACCAAGAAGUUGAUACAAGAAAGAUACAGAUAAUUGGGGAGCAUGUUCAAAGGAGGAAGAGGAAGCCUAAUACUCCAAUUUCCACUGCUACUCUGAGAAGAAGCCCAAGACUGGCCGAAGCUCUAGAUGGCCAUAAGCCUGAAGCGAUUUCAGCCUCAAAAAAGCCUAUCUCCAAAAACAAGUCAAGGGCUAGAAAAAUCACAUUGCAGACUGAUCUGUUGGGUAAAAUUCUCUCACCUUCACCUUCACAAGCAAUUGAGUUUCCUGAUCUCUCUGCUAUUGCUAAAUUCAAAACCCCUGACGCUAAAUUCCCUAAAAUUCCCAUUACUGAAAUUCAGAGAAUCGCAACUGAGAAGUGCUGCAUCGCUCCUUCAGAGGUGACAGCCGAACUACUUCUUGCUUCAAGACCAGAUGAAGCAAGCUCGAGCAGUAGUAGUUCAAUGGAGCUCCAAUUAGUUUCCAAUGAUUCGUUGCACUUUUAG